AUGGCAUUCAUCUCCCCGGGUCCGUACUUUUACGACAAUGAGAUUGACCGCAUGCUAGCGGAGAUGCGUGUACGGCGGCAGCAGCAGAGGCACAUGAGUAGGCAGCGACAAAACCCCGCUGAUAACAGGCGACGGAAGAUAAGUGUCACCCCCGCAGAUCUAUUUACUUCGUUGCUGGAGCGACAACAGUCCACGGAGGCGGCUUGGCGGUGUGCCUGCUAUCUACCGAAGACGUCAUUAUUGAAAGUGACUAAAGAAGGAGAACCUGUGCCACCCCAUCAUUUUACUGCCUGUACCAACCCACGGCUUCAAGAAAAAGCUGAGAUCAGAGACGACACAAGUACUGACGUCUCUAACGACGAGUCAUUGACAAAAUGUCUGCGACGCGAACUUUGUCUGGCACGGAACGAGAAUGCACUUUUGCGACGGGAUAUGUACAGAACACUCACCACCAUAGGCAACUAUCUUGCCCAAUUUGACGGCAAAGGGAGAGUUGGUCCUGCACUUUACAUGGACAGUGGUGAGACUGGAAACACGGCGGGGCACGAGGAUCAUGAUUCCCCUCUUCCUCCAGCAACAAGUGUGUGGGAGCUGUGCGACCGUGGAGUACUCCGUCUCAGUUCUGAGGAUGCGGCAUUGGUGCGAGACCUUAAUGUCAUUAUUGCGACCUCUCUGGAGCGCUACGUUGGCCCGGAAAAGUCCUUUAAGCAAGGUCAUCACGUUCUGCAGCUGGAAAAGGGCCAAUGCUGUGAUGAAGCAGCCGUCCAAGAGCAUUGA